AUGCGAGUGGCUGAGAAGCACCCGGACCUUCCCCCUGGGUCUCUUGUCCUCGAAGAUCUUCUAGAAGUCGUUGGGCCUGUCGAACUCACCACGGACAAAAUCAGGACUGUGCCGCAUGAUCUCUUUGAGGAGGGCGUUUUACAGCCCGUUGAAGCGGAACAGAAAAUUCCCUCGAAGGCUCUGGGUGAUUUAAACCUGGAGGAGGUCGAGAGUAUCUUUGAGAUCCAGCCGCUUUCAUCGGAGAAUGAGGAGCUGGGAGAUGAGUGGGACUUACGACCCAUUCUCCGAGAGGAGUUCCAAAUCCCAGCUGCCUUUGACGAAUUCUACGGUUUCCUCAUGAAAUCCUUUGAAUACCUGGACGUUGCCUAA